AACAUAUCACUCCUGUGCCUUGCCUGUACCUCCCCACGUGACGGCCAGGUAAGAGGAGCAGCCCCGCCCCCCUCCUCUCCCCCCAUUGGCUGGCCGGGUUACGUGAGUCCGUGUGGGCCAAUCAGCGAGGAGGUGGGCGGGGCUUGCACUCCUUUGAGCCAAUGAGCGUCUAGGGGGCUGGAGAUGUGCCGCCAGGUAGGGACAAAGGUACGCACAGGUUAAUUAAAGGUGUGAAGCUGCGCAGGUGAAUAGGAAAGGGAGAGGUGGACGAUGACGUUGUUGUUGUUGUUGACCUAUUGUUGUUGUUACCUAUUAUUAUUAUUAUUAUUAUUAUUAUUAUUAUUAUUAUUAUUAUUAUUAUUAUUAUUAUUAUUAUUAUUAUUAUUUUCCACCACGUCCACCACCACCACCACCACCAAGCACCCCGCCCUCCACCCUCUCUAGGUCUCGCCACCACCACCACCACCACCACCACAACCUCCACCACUACCACCACCACCACUACCUUGACCACCACCACCACCACCACCUUAUUGACCCAACCUGACCCGACCUGUAGCUCACACACAAACACACACACACACACACACACACACACACACACACACACACACACACACACACACACACACACACACACACACACACGCAAGUAAUUUACACACACAUACACACACAUACACACACACAUACACACAUACAUACACACAGACACGAACAUAAAUGCUUUCUCACGCUCUUAGUGUUUGCCUUAUAAGAGAAACUAAACAGGGUCAUAAAGUGUAUUAUAAACAAAAAAAUAAAAAGCAGAGGAUCUUCAGUACACUUCAUAAUAUAUUACAGAUGAAAAAAAAACAAAAAACAAAAAAGAGUCUUUCAGUCAGUUUUCUUUCCUCUGACUAGAACGACGAAAACACUGAUGAUAUAUAAUGCUAAUGGUAACUACUCAUUAACUAUACUUCUUUUUUGUACUGUUUGGGGGGAAUGUAAAAAUAAUAUAUAUAAAAAAAUAUAUAUAAAAAAAACAAAAAAACAACAAAAAUACAAAAAAAAAAGACAAAAAGUAUAAAAUAUGUGUUUUGGGAGAAUGAAAGAAAGGAAGGGAGAAAAAAAAAGGUGAUGAUGAUGAUGAUGUUUUGUGAUGAUGAUAUGACAUGAUGAUGAUGAUGAUGAGUCACUUUAAUGAAUACGUAUACAUACUGCAUACUUCACACAUACUUCAUACAUAGGUCAUAAAGGGAGAAAUGUAUGAUGGCAUGAAUAUCUCGUCUGUUUGCACCUGUCUGUCUGUCUGUCCCGAGCGCAGGUGUCUUAGGCUAAUCAACACCAGGUGAUACCAUUAUUGUUAACUAUUUUGUUGUUAUAUUCUUUGUUUUCAUUUGCUUGUUGGUUGUGCCCCGUUGACCACCACCACCACCACCACCACCAUAGUCACUACUACUACUGCUAUUACUACUACUACUACUACUACUACUACUACUACUACUACUACUACUAUCACAAUUUCAAUAGCUACUACUGUUUUUAUGGUUCAUUUUCCUGGGCUAUCAUCACACACACACACACACACACACACACACACACACACACACACACACACACACACACACACACAUACCUAUCUCUAAUUACUUUACUGUUUUAUCACCUGGUUCAAAGUGGCUACAUAAAUAAGUGAGUGUGUGUGUGUGUGUGUGUGUGUGUGUGUGUGUGUGUGUGUGUGUGUGUGUGUGUGUGUGUGUGUGUGUGGGGCCCAUGGGAGGGUGGGUGGGUGGUGGGGGGUGGUAGGUGAGGGGAGGGGGGAGAUAAGGGGCGUGGCCACAAGUGGGUCACAAACAAGUACACAAACAAACAAACAAACACCGGAAGUAUGCUCACCACCACCACCACCACUACCAUGAACACCACCACCAUCACCACAAACACUGACACAGCCACCAUUACCACCACAACCACCACCAUCACCACCACACCACCACCACCACCACCACCACUACCAACAAACAACACAAGUGAGAAGAAAAAGUGUUGUCAAUCACUAGUCAGCGCGGAGGAUGAACACACACACACACACACACACACACACACACACACACACACACACACACACACACACACACAG